AUGAAACUAACUGUUGUAUACAUGAAGAAGUACAAGCAGGAAGGCACUGAGGUGGACAAGUUUGCUGAACGCAAAGUGGAGAACAUGAAGGCAUACAUCCGGCUGAGCAUGGUUGUGGACGAGGCUGGAUCUGUGGUAUGGAUGACGAUAAGCCUUCGAGUUCAAAGGUUAGAACGCACAAAUUUUGCAACUAUAUUGUUUUUAUUCUGA